AUGCUGAAGAAGCUGACAGUGGAGCAGAUCGCCGAUUGGUUUACCAUCGGCAAGGAGGUGUCCGGGGUCAAGUUACUGGGCACCUGUGAGGAGCCGAAACGUGCGCCUGAGCCCGGGGAAGAUGAGGAGCAGGACAGCUGUCAGAGGGCCAUGGGGCCACGGUAUGAAUGUGCAUAUGUUGACAAGUUCAGACAGUUGGAAUCUCAAGAACUGCAGAUGUACCGCAGCACUGAGGCAAAUCUAGCACAUUACAGACACAAAGCUACUGAAGUAAAAAACAUGCCGAUGCUGGAACAUGACCUUACGUAUCCAGUGUUGCCAAUAUUAAAUAGCAGAGAAAAGUUAAUCACUCUUAUUGAGUGCAAUUCUGUGGUGAUUAUACAAGGUGCAACUGGCAGUGGCAAAAGCACUCAGCUGCCACAGUACAUCCUGGAUCAUCACAUGCAGCAUUCUGCAUACUGUAACAUUGUGGUGACACAGCCCAGAAAAAUUGCUGCAUGCAGUAUUGCCACGUGGAUUAGCAAAGAGAGGAAAUGGCUUUUGAGCGGCUUAAUCGGUUAUCAGGUAGGGUUGGAGAAGAAAGCCAGCUCAGACACACGUUUGAGCUAUGUGACAACUGGUGUUCUUCUGCAGAAAAUAGUUGGGGCGAAGAGCCUGGCAGAAUUUACCCACAUUGUUAUUGACGAGGUUCAUGAGCGCACUGAGGAAAUGGACUUUCUACUGAUGAUUGUUCGCAAACUGUUGCGCACCAAUUCGCGAAUGGUAAAGGUAAUUUUGAUGUCUGCUACUAUAAACUGCAGAGAAUUUGCAGAUUAUUUUGCUGUGCCGGUCCUCAACUGCCUGGUCCCAGCAUCCAUUUUCAAUGUUGAAGGAAAGCCAUAUGAUGUUGAGGUGUUUUACCUUGAUGAUUUGAAGCAUAUUCCUAGACACAAGUUGGAAGCUGCAGCUCAGACCUUUGAUGAGCCAGUGAUUAGCAAAGAAAUGUUUGAUAUUGCAACAACUUUGAUACAGCUCUUUGAUGACAUGGAGAAAGAAAGGCAAAAAACAAACACCAGCCGAUUAAGCACGGAACCGAACAGCGUGUUGGUGUUCUUGCCAGGCAUAUUUGAAAUCAACUAUAUGCAUGAGCUGUUCUCAAACAUGGUUCAUAAAAGGUUACAUGUUUAUCCCCUGCAUUCAAGCAUCACCCUGGAUGAACAGAACAUGGUUUUCAUGGCUCCAGUUAUAGGUUACAGAAAGAUAAUUUUAUCAACGAACAUUGCUGAGAGCUCCAUCACUGUACCGGAUGUGAAAUAUGUGAUUGAUUUUUGUUUGACUAAAACACUUGUGUGUGAUGAAGAGACAAACUACCAGAGUCUGAGACUGAGCUGGGCAUCCAAAACCAACUGUGAUCAGAGAAAAGGCCGAGCUGGACGAGUUUCAAAAGGCUAUUGCUACAGGCUUGUAUGGAAAGACUUCUGGAAUAACGCCAUACCCGAGAAUGUGGUACCAGAGAUGUUGCGAAGCCCUUUGGGAAGCACAGUCUUGAAGGUGAAGCUUCUUGACAUGGGGGAGCCUAGAGCCUUGCUCGCUACAGCUCUUUCUCCUCCUAAUGUUUCUGACAUUGAGCGCACAAUACUUUUGCUCAAGGAGGUAGGUGCUUUGGCAGUAAGUGGAAAGCAGGAAGAGAAUCCAUAUGAUGGAGAGCUCACAUUCUUGGGGAGAGUUCUUGCUCAGUUACCUGUUGAUCUUCAGCUUGGAAAACUCGUCGUCCUCGGCCAUGUUUUUGGAUGUUUGGAUGAGUGUCUUAUUAUUGCUUCAGCUCUUUCACUAAGAAACUUCUUUGCGAUGCCCUUUAGACAGCACCUUGAUGGAUACAGGAGCAAACUUAGUUAUGCUGGUAAUAGUAGGAGUGAUUGCAUAGCUCUGGUCAAUGCUUUUCGGUUUUGGCAGGAUUGCAAAGAGAGAGGUGAUCUAAGACAGCCUAAGGAUGAGAUGGAAUGGGGCAAAUCAAAUUACCUUCAGAUCAAAAGAAUAAGAGAGGUGGCUGCCUUGUAUGAUGAGCUAAAAAAGCGAGUUGCCCGUUUCAACAUGCAUGUUGGUGAACGAACAAGCGGGGAUCCAAACUACAAACACAAGCAGCGCUUCAUUCUCCAGGUCGUUAUGGCAGGGUCGUUCUACCCAAAUUAUUUUGCAUUUGGCUCUUCAGAUCAGGAGUCUGCUAUUCGAGAAGUGGGAGGCAAGGAUCCAAAGACUACAGUUGUGCUGAAGCAUGUCCCACCAUAUGGAUUUCUUUACCACAAGCAGAUUCAGUCUCUCUUCAGACAGUGCGGCCAAGUAAAAUCUAUUUUAUUUGAUGGACAAAGAGCAUUUGUAGAGUUCUCUCGCAAUCCCACAGAGAGGUUUAAGACUCUCUCAGCGGUUCAUCUGGCAGUUAAGAUGGCACAGAUGAAAGUUCCCCUUACAUUAAAUGUCCAUUCUGUCGGGGCAAUUGAGGAAACUUCUAAAGACAUCACUGACUUAAAAUUAACCAGAGUUGUCGUGGACUUUCACAAGGAGACGGUCGAACCACUCCAUGUUUCUCAGACCAGCAAAGAACCGUCGGGGAUCAUUGACGGGCCCAUUUUGUCUAUCAAUGUUACUGAGGUGGUUGAAGUCGGACAUUUCUGGGGUUAUCGUAUUGACGAUCGAAACUCUAAUGUGCUUGGACGCCUAGCUGUAGAUAUUAACCAGCGGGAGCUAAUGCCUCUCUCUAUGCAUUCUCACCCGGAUCGCAUUUGCUUGGCACCGUUUAAAAAUUAUGACAUUUCAAAGUACUACAGAGCCCAGAUAUUGUACAUAUCUGGAAAAGAUGCAGUGGUGUUUUUUGUGGACUAUGGUAACCAGUCAAAAGUUGAAUUGAGUUCUUUGAGGGAAGUACCCAGCCAUUUUCUGGAUAUUCCUUUUCAGGCCCUGGAGUUCAAGAUCUGUAAGAUGCGCCCAUCUGCAAAGUCAAUUAUCUGUGGAGAGCAAUGGACUCGUGAAGCCAGCAUGAAGUUUAACUCCUUAGUUAGUGGUGCUGCCCUUGUUGUGAAAGUCUUCUCUAUUGUACAUAACAUUCUACAUGUUGAAGUUUACCGCUACUUGGAAAAUCUUGAGGAAGUCAGCAUAAGAGAUUUACUUAUUGCAGAUGGUUACGCUGAGCCUGCAGAGGAGUCCGUUGAAUCAAAACAAAGCAACAUCCUGCUGAAAGAGGUAUUUGCAGCGAGUAGCAGUGUUGGGAUAAAACAUACGUGUGGCUUUGAGAAGAAAAAAGAGAAGGAACGCAUUGACAGCCUGCUGGAAAGCUACCAGAAUAAGCAGUUUGGACAUCCAAAUAACAAGGCAAUCCUUUAUGGACCGUUCCAUCCCUAUGAAAUCCUUUUUCACAGCAUGAUCAAAGGAUCCAAGUUCAGAUCUGUUUGGAUCGAGAAAGAAAGUAUCAACUCUGUAUUGGUUAAUGAUACUCCAGAGGAAUCUCAUCAGAGAAUGUUUGUUGCAGCAUCCCUGUCCGUAAAUUCAACUGGCUCUUUGCUAAUGCUACGGGAAACCUCGUUACUUCCAUCUAUUCCAGGACUGCCGGCACUUAUUACAAUGUUGUUUGCCCCUGUGAUUGAGCUAAGAGUUGAUGACAUGAGAAGAGAGUACACGGGCGCCCUCUGUGGUCUGGGUUGGCAGUACAGAAAUGUAGCCGUAUGGCCUGAACAUGACAUUGAAUUAGAUUUUGAUGUCCGCACCAACACUGAGGAUCUUUUGAAGAUAAAUAUGAUAAGGGAAGCUAUGAACAAGGUGGUUUGCUACAGCCAUCAAGGCUCCAUCAGCAGUGAAUGCACUGUGCAGCUUCAGGAAAAUGUCCGGGAACAACUACUGAGUUUGUUUCAAAAGGAGAAACCCCGUGAGGUGAUCCCUGUGAAGUGCAAUGGGAAGCCUUACCAGUGGAACCAGGUGGAUACAAGAUACCUCAUUGGCCUGUCGGGAAGAGCCGAGGAGGAAGAAGAAAAUCAUUCAUGCAUUUAUCAGUUGCACAAGUUUGUACUGCUAAAUCCUUAA